AGCACCGCGGACAGCGCAUCGGAGAGCAGGAGUCGAGAGAUCAGCUCAGCAGCGCACUGUCAUGCCUUCUUGAACUACCACAGCCUUCAUUGUACACUGCGGUCGUACUAAGUCGUUCUCGCAAGCGAAAACUCUCUUGUUUUGUUUCUGUCGGGAGUCGCAAUAAAAGGAGGCAAAAUCGCGGCAGGAAUAAUUGCUUUCCGUUUGCAAGUAAAGACCAGCCUAUUUGACGGUGUGAGCCUUACAUCAUCGUGAGGCAGUGAGAGACGGAGAGAAAGAGCGAGCGGGAGAGUGAGAGCACUUGCGCCAGGCUCUUCUCUGUCAGUCCUCAGUCGCAAAGCGAGGCUGACGGAUCUCACUGGCGAUUUCGCCUCUCUGCUCCGUGGUCCCUCUCCCGUUUGCCUGCGCACCUCACCGGCCAUGAAGAUGCACCGGCAGCGUCCUGCCCAGAGACCGUCGUUGUUAUUACCCCUCGUUUUGUGGAUUUUCUGCCACGUCAACAGUGUUCACGGAGCUCUACCAACAACCCAGAAGUGUGAUGAGGCUCUAGCCUCUCCGCUGCCUCACACGGCCUUCACCAGCUCAUCCGUCUUCUCCAGUGGAUAUGCACCUGGAUAUGCCAAACUCAACAGGAGAGGAGGUGCUGGAGGAUGGUCACCUCUGGACAGUGACCAUUACCAGUGGCUCCAGGUGGACCUUGGUUCCCGAAGACAAGUGAGCGCCAUUGCAACACAGGGUCGGUACAGCAGCUCAGACUGGACGACGCAGUACCGUCUGCUCUACAGUGACACUGGAAGGAACUGGAAACCAUAUCAUCAAGAUGGCAACAUUUGGAGUUUCCAAGCAGACGUCUGUCACUUCAAAGAGUUCGGGGUCAAGAAUGCUUGA